CGAAUGCCUCUACCAAGAGGGGCAAAGCUCGCUCCUGACGAGUGGGCCCCUCUGGAUCCAAAAGACUCUUGCAGACACCAGGCUGUGCUGUUAUAUUGGACAAUAGCAUGCAUGCAAGAUCUGAGAGGACUGAAGCUGGAUGCUGACGAUAAAAGAUAUAGGACACUAGAAAUGUUAAAAAUAAGGAUUCUGAGAGUGAAGUCAUCUGUGGCACAGUCAGCACUACUAGCCACAGACCGGUUGAUCACGGCACAACAACUUCAAAUCGCGAAUCACUUCUGGUUCAGAGUAUGCUUUAAGACCUCCGGAAUUGAUACCAGAAAAGAACAAUGUGCGAAAAGGAGAAUUCGUCGCAGCUGCCCCCCGAACCAAAAGCGAAUCCACGGGGAUAUUGACAUGCCUGACUCCAGACCUGCUCAAACAUAUAGCACUUUGUUAGAAGACAGAAGAAUAAUAGAGUCCGCUGCAGAGGCCAAUGAAUCGCCAUCCCUUGUUGUGCACCUUCUCGAAAAGGACUGGUCCAUCAGACCUGGCAGAGCUCCGAAUAAUGCUGGAGCAAGGCGUUUCUCGUACUCAGAGCCUAUCUCAGGGCUGCUCGAUGAUAUCCAAGCAAGAAGAAUCCCAGUUGAAUUCACAGAUAUAUUUAAGAAGUUGGAUGUGAAGUUCUUCGAAGGCUGUCUCAUCGUGGAGAUGCACGAUUCACGGCCGACAAAAGGGGGCCCCUCUAAGAACGUUGAAGCUCGUAUCGAUAAAUAUGUCCUUCGUCCAACCGCAGAGUCGUUAUGGGCAGAGAUUCGUAAUGUCGUUGAUGGACAACAGGGCUGGGGGGAUAAAGAAGCACUUGAGCUUGAAGCUCGUAUAGUGCUUGCCACAGCACCCCCGUUAUGUCUCGAUCCUUCUCCGACUGUCAAUAGGAUUGCCAACGUGAUUACUAGAAUCGGUGCAUACCCUACCAAGACAUCACUAAAGCGGAGGCAAAGCGAAGAUACGGAAGAUGAUAUCGACAGCCUCAAGAGGAGGAAGCUGAUGCAGUUAAUGAAUCCUAGAGUUGGCAAACCUUUCGUGCCGAAGGCUUUGAUGCACAAGGAUGCGGCUAGUCAACGUCCGCCCGUUGAACCUACCACCGUCCCAACCACAAUUACCAAUGGUGGUUCAGUUGUUGCUACGUCAUCUACGAUGGCUCAAGGGUUACAAUUAAGGCCCAAUGUACCUCCCACCGCCACUACAGCCGCUGCUCCUACCGCACAGCCGAUUGCGAAUGUCGCUCAAGCUGGUUUAGCGGUCCGACCGCGACCAAUGCCACUCAAGAUUGGUCCUGAUGCCCAGCAUGCUGCAACUCUAAGUUUGGCUGCUCGAAAUCGAAUAAGUGCUGCACAGAAUCUAGUUGCUGCCGCACAAGGCGGCCGGCCUCUGCCACAAGUCGCUGGCCAA